AUGGCGAAUGGAGGGGAGGUUAUGCCCGAUGGCCAAGUUGUUCUCGAGGAGGAGAUAGAUGAAAACUAUGAGCCUACUGAGCAAGAAAUUGUCGAGUAUGCUCAGUGGCUUGGGAUUGACACCGAGACAGAAAAGGAAUUAUUUUGGAUUGCACGCGAAGGCUUGAAGUCUCCUCUUCCGGACGGGUGGAAGCCAUGCAAAACUCCCACUGGAGACAUUUACUAUUUCAAUUUCAAUACGGGGGAAAGCAUUUGGGACCACCCCUGUGAUGAACACUAUCGAAAGGUGUACCAAGAUGAAAAGGCCAAGCUUGCCACCAAAACCAGACAGUCCUUCGGGUCGGAGCUGCGGACUGGGCUCCUCAAGCGCACUGGCGCCGAAACCAAAGUGCCUAGCCCGCUAGGUCUCAGCAGCUCCAAGGCAUCGGACUACAUACUUGAAAGCUCCGGUUACGAGCAGCAGGGCGAUUUGAACGGCGGUGACGCCUCGAAUAGCAGCAGCAGCGGUGGCGGCAGCAGCCAUGGCGUUAAGCUGGGCAGUAAGGGCAGCGGCGGGGACAGCAAAGGGACUGGGGUUGCGCCGCGCAUUAGUUGGGGCGCCACGCCUGGUGGCGCAGCAGAGGCUGAUAAGGCCAAGACAGCUGUCCAGCAGGAUGAGCAGAAGGACAGAACCGUAAAGAAGGAUGAUCAACUGGAGGAAUCCUCCUUGAAGAGCUUCUCGUCCAGUGUCAGCUCCCUGACAGCUGCCGUCAAUGAGCUGGAGUUGCCGGAUGAGGGCGGCCGCGGUGCCAGUGGCAGCAAGGUCGCGACCACAGCUACUACCAGCACGCAGCAGCCAGGAGCGAAGGUUUCCUCCAGCGGGACAGGGCCCUUGCGCAUGACCACCAGCGGCGAGCCGCCAACGCCGGAUCUGCCUGCCAUGGGCGCCUCGCGCACGGGUGGCACGAACCCAGGCGACGGCACGGGUCCGGGCGUGGGUGCAGCACCAGCGGCAGGAGCGGCAUCACGCUCGAGUCAGGGUGCUUUUGGCUUUGUGGCGCCUCUGGGGGCGCAGAACGCCUCCGCCGGCAGCCGGGGGACGUCGGCGGGCAUGUCGUCCCUGCGCCGCAGCAAGAAGUACGACGACGAGUUUGCGGACUUUGACCUGGUGGACGAGGACGAGAUCGAGGAGGGCGUGCCGGAGGAGGUGGGGCCCCCCGGCGGCCGCGUCAGUACCGAGCUGACGCCGACGGCCUCGGCCAAGCUGAUUCCGCCCAGGGGUCCAGCCGCGGCUGCUGCCGGCGGGGUCGUUGCCACUGGUGGCGGCAGCGGCCUGAACAGCAGCCGAGACGGCGCCGGCGGCGACGCGUCUUCGCCGUUGGUGUUGACGCACCAUCGGCGCUACCCUUCAGACCACGACAACGAGGACCCACAACCUGCAACAACGCAGCGUGAGCCGACCGCGUCGGGGCCAGCCUUGCGCGCAGUAAGCCCCGUCCAGCAACAGCAGCCACAGCCGGUGCUGCAGGUGCAGCGUCAGGCGUCAGCGCCGCGGACGCUGCCAGAGCUGGAGCAGCGGCCUGCUGGGGGAGCAGGAGGCGGCACAGCCGCCGGGGGCGUCGGUGGCUCGGGAGGCGGCGGCGGAUACAACCGCGAGGCGGAGGACCCGCAUGGGCUGCACCACCGUGAUGAGGACGAGCUGAUGCGGCGUACGGCAGCGAGCGAGGCGGAGAUGCGGCGGCGGGAGGAAGAGCGGCUGGGCCAGCUGCAGGAGGCCCUCAGCCGGCAGUACGAGGACGCCAAGGCGCAGCUGCAGAAGCAGGCAAGGGACAAAUGCGAGGGGUGCAGUGGUGGUGGCGCGAGAGCUGUGGAUGCGGAGCUGGUUACGGAGCGUGAGCGGCUCCGUGCCCAGGGCAUGGCUAAGCUGCAGGAGCAACUGUCGGAGAAAUCGCUUGAGCUAAGCAGGCUGGAGAGGGAGCUGGCUUCCAAGAAAGCUGAGCUUGUGGACUUCGAGGCCCGCACUCGGGAGCAGAAGCGGAUCGUGGAGGACAACCAGCGGGAGCUGUCCGCCAACACGCAUACGGUCGCCCUGGCCGCUGCGGAGAUGGAGCUCCGGGGCAAGCGCGCUGAGCUGUCGGAGGUGAAUGCGCAGCUGCUGGCCAAGGAGGGCGAGUUCACCGCACUGGCCAGCAGCGCUGCGGGGAAGGCGGCGGAGCUGCGCGACAAGACUGCGCAGCUGGAGGUGGCCAAGGAGCAGCUCGCCCUGGCGGAGGCGAAGCGGGCCUCGGCGGACUCGGAGUACCAGGAGCAACAGAUCCGCAUCCGUACCCUCCGCGCGGAGUCGGAGCAGCUCACUGCGCAGGUGGCCUCCACUCAGGCGACCCUCAGCCGUCUCACUUCUGAUCUACGGGACAAGGAGGAUGACCUGGCGGCGCUAAACAAGCAGCUGGCGACAAAGCAGGCAGAGCUCAAGGAAGUUGUCAUGGAGCUGUCUACGUCCCGUACCGCCCUGCAGUCCAAGGAAAUCCAAGUGGUGGAGCAGCUCAAGAGUGCGGCGACCCUGGAGUAUGAGGGCCUGCAGAAACAGCUCGAGGCCGCUCGCGGUGCACUGGAUGCGGCCCGUGGUCAGUUGGCCACCGCCUCAGCGGAGCUCACCCGGACUGAAGCGCAGUGCAGCGCCCUCAAGGUAAUAGCUGUGGCUACCCAGCGCAUCCAGUUGGAGGCGGACGUGGCGUCUCGCUCCGCCGAGCUCGACGACAUGCGAUCGCAGCUGCUGGCCUGUCAGGCGGAGUUGCGCUCCGUGAGGAACGAGCUGGCGGAACGCUCCACGGCGCUGGAGUCCGUGGCGACGCAGCUCCUGCGGCGGCAGAAGGAGUUGGCGGACACGGACUCCAUGUUUGCGGCGGUGGCGGACCAGAGCAAGGACUUGUUGCAGCUGAAGCGCAGUCAGAUGCAACGCAAUGUGGAGGAUGCGGUGGAGCUAGAGCGCCGUACAUUUCUGGCGUCACGCAUGGCGACCAUGCGAGCGGAUGUGGAGGCGCAGGUCGCCUCCGAGCGUGAGGUCUACCGCCACCGGCUGCUGCAGCAACAGCAGUCGCCAUCGUUGGCGUCUUCGCACAGCACAACGGCCGUACCGCAAACCGGCCGCGGCACCGCUGACGAGCCGCAGGGCACCCUCGUCGGUUUGCUCUCCGACGGGGCCGCACCCAAUGGCACCACCACUUCUCCACAGCUGCUGCCGCCGCCGGCCAACCUGACCGCCUCCACCGCCCUGUCACGUGGCACCCUGCCUGUCGGCGCCUCCAUUACCACCCUCGGCGAUGAUCUCCGUGCCUCCACUUCCAUCUGGGCUGGGCCCAUGCCGGCGCUCAGCCCCAAGCUGCCUGGAUCAUUGCAGCAAGGUGCCUUGGGCGGCGGAGGCGGAGGCGGCUCCGUCUACUCAGGCGCUCCCCCGUACGCCAAGAUGCCAAGCCACCACAUUCCGCCGGCCCUUGUCCUGCCGUCAGACUCGCAACUUGCGUCGCAGCAACAUUCCGCGCCGUUGCCAGGGACGGCGGCGGCAGGGCUGUACGGGCUGCAGCUGCAGUACGGGAUGUCGGGUGCAUCGCCUGCCGACCUGGCGGCAGCACAGUACGCGGCGGCGAUGGCGGCGCAGAGCGCGGCUGUGGCGGCUCAAAGCGCUAAUGCCAACCUGCCUGAGCUCGUCAGUCUGGCGGAGAACCUGCACCGGAGCCUGCAGCUGCUGCUACCGCGUAAGAUUGGAGAGGGAACGGACACAGAACGGAGGAAAGGGGAGGGAGUUUUAAUCAAUAAAUCAACGACGUAUUGGGGAGUGGCAAAGGAUGAAGACGCGGGAGAGCGCAUGGACGGUACUCCUCGGGUCCUGGGAGUCGGCGGGCCCGUCGCCUCCCAGGCCAGCAAGCAGCCACCUGGCGGCUCCACCUCGCCGCAGCGGACCCGCCACGCCAGCUUCUUGCAGCCGGGGCAGUUGCCGCCUCAGCCUAUUGACUGGAACACUGCGGUGCUCCCACCAGCCGCUGCUGAGGACCCGGUGCUGUCUAGGGCGUGGGUGUACCUGAAGCUCCAGAAGGCCUACUUGAAGGAGCGCUCCACCAUCCUGCAGGCGGCGAGGAACGACUGGAAGGAGGACCUGCGUGCCGUCAUGUCCAGUCCGGGUCCGGGGAACGAGGAGCGGCUGGCGGUGCUGCAGAGCGCCAAAGCGGGCCUGGAGGAGCAGGUGCACCGCCUGAAUGAGGACAGCAAACAGCUUCAUCGAAUGCGGGAGCAGCUGCAGGCCCUUUCCACCAAGACCGCGCCGUCAGGGGCAGCGGCUACGGGCAGUAGUACUAGUGCCGGUGGCGGCGGUAACGGCCCCAGCGCGACAGUGGGUACCGCUACGGGCGUCCCUAGCCCCGCCGCCGCCGGCCGCAUCCCCGGUCUCAAUCGUCAGGGCUCCCCGGGGCGCGGCGUGUCGCCGCCGCCUUCGGGCGCGAUGGGAGGUGCUGGCGGCAGCAGUGGCGGCGGCAGCAGCGGAAAUAACGUUGACCUGGCGCGCUCGCUGUUGCAGCAGCACAGCGCCUGGCUCAAGAGCUUCACUCAGCAGUUGUCUACCGUGUGA